GUCUUUGCACUAUUUUUAAAUUUAAUUCAGUACACACUUUCACCUGCAACAGUUGCUUGUUAAAUACGGUUUGGUAGAGCUUCGGAUACGAACACUUCUUAAUCUGCGAUCGUUACUACUCUAUUCGUCAUAACCGACCAAAUCUUUGUUUUGUUAAACUACGCCGGUACAAUCAAAGCCAUUUGAAAUUAGUGAAAGUCUAUUGAAGGUUUUUAAAAUUAUUAUUUAGUUGAGAAAAAAUGAAAGCCUUUUUGAUAGUUGCUUGUGCAUUACUCGUAUGUGUUGCCAGCCAGGACGAUAAGACGACCAGUCAAAGAAACACUGAUAGAGAAAUAAAAAUUUAUAAGCGCCUGAUACCAGCUGAUGUGUUGCGAGAUUUCCCUGGAAUGUGUUUUGCUUCCACACGUUGUGCUACUGUCGAACCUACGAAGACAUGGGAGCUGACACCCUUUUGCGGUCGCUCAACUUGUGUUCUGAACGAAGAAACCCCAUCCAAGUUAUUGGAGUUGGUAGAAGAUUGCGGCCCACUACCGUUAGCGAAUGAUAAAUGCAAGCUGGACACUGAAAAAACAAACAAGACGGCACCUUUCCCGUAUUGCUGCCCUAUCUUCACCUGCGAAUCUGGUGUUAAACUUGAAUAUCCUGAAAUUCCAGAGGAAGAAACGAAAAAGGAAUAGUUGUUUAUAGACAUGGGAAUAUUUUGUUGUGGUUAAUAAAUCACAACCAUGGAUCGAUUACGAUUUGCAUGCAUUUGUCUGCACCUAGCGAUAUAAUCAUAAUUUGACAUUAAUAAUCAUAAUUUGAUAAUACAGUAACUCAAGGAAAUAUCAAACGUACCAAUUGUAUUAUACCUUAAACGAUUUUACUUCUUCCCUCUUUUGACAUAUUUGCCAAUUUACAUGCAAUCUACAAUAUAUUGUACAUGUACAUACAAAAACAUUAUUAUCUUUAUAAUUUCAAUUAAACAGAAAACUUUAAGUGUAAUAGUAUCUGUCUCCUAAAAUUUACUCUUAAAAAUAUGACAGCAAUGAGAAACUGAA